UCUUCCGCCAUGGCACUGUGAGAUCGGGCAAAGGCCACCUUUCUGGCACUCCAAACGCCACGAGGUCGAGGUGCCGCAGAACAUUAUUUCGCCACCUCUCUCGCCGAAAUCUCCCAAAGCCAAAGGCUGUGCGCUGUCAUGACUAAUGGCUGGCAGGGCAUGCUCUGGAGGAUGGCCAGGCAGUGCUCUGAACAGCAGUCGUCCGGUGGAGAGUGCGCGGGGCGUCUACACUGAUCCGCAGUGACGUGGAUGAUGAUGAGAAGCAUGGCAAGGUUGCUGCGAAUCGUGCGUUUGUUCCGGCUGUUGAAGAUUGUGCGACUGCUGUAUGAGCUCGCGCAAUCCAUCACUGAAGCCCUACAAGGCAUGUUUUGGAUGCUGGUCUUCAUGAUCGUGACGCUCUACAGUGUGGCGAUUCUGUGUACUCGGGUCAUUGGUCAUGGAAACAUCAUCGGUGAGGAUGCAGACGAAGACUUGCAAAAAAUCAAGGAAAUGUUCAGUUCAGUGAGUACUUCGAUGUUCACUUUGUUCGGCACGGUGAGCAGUUGGAGUUUGAUGAAAUUUGUCCCCCUCUUGAAGAGACUCGGCACUGGAUGCACUGUGAGGAUGCCAAUGCUUCGGCCGCUCUUUGCGGGCUCGGGGUGAAAAAAGACUGCUAUUGUGGUCUUCUACAUCUACUCAGCUUGGGCGUUGUUGGCUGUGAUGACAGGCUCCUUAAAUGAAUAACAUAAACGAAGCGCGAGGGCAGAAUCAAAUGAACAGCUCUCGACCACCCGGCGGUCGUCGCCUCUUGGCGAAGGGCGCAGCCGUGGACGUCGUGGCCAGCGGUGAGACUCCGCUGUUUAAUGCAGCAUACAACGACCACGUGGAGCGCCAAGCUGCUGUUGGCCGCGAAGGCCUCGGUGGACAUCAAGCGCAACGACGGCUGGAACGACGGCAAAACACCUUUGGAUCUCGU